CGUCCAGCUUUGGCAUUACCAGCUUGUAGUCUUUGCUUGUUGGGACCGUGCUGGAAGUUUUCAACCAUAAUUUCUAGUUUGCAUUUCCGGAACAACUCCUAUCAGUACCAUGGCUAUGCAAAGCUUCCUUUCACUCCUUGUGCUACCCGAAAUGGAGGUAUCAAUUAAAGAGGACAAUCAUCAAGGUCACUGCAAACCAAGCGCAUGUCCCGCUGCUGACUGCAAAAUCCACAAUCCUCGGGCGCUUGCCUACAACAGAUGGUUGCCAUCGGAAGAUCAAGUGAGCAUGAAGACAAAGUGCAGUACACUCCCUCCUUCACCUCCCCGUCGUCGCAGGAAUCCACCAGGAUCGAGGUGGUCAGAACAGCCUUCUGACAAUGACAACAAGACUCCCUUGCGACGAAGAAAGAGCAUGCCCCCAACAAAGCCCAAGCGCCGUCAAGGCCCUCGUGAACGCGACAUUACCAGGAAAGCUUUCAUUGCACCUGAGCUAUGGUCGAGAGAGGCGGCAUGCACGCACCAGCCAACUGCUCUGGCAGCUUGAGCAAGACAAAGGAAGUCAAGGGGUUAACCAAGAAUAGCGCUGGCGGGUUGCAGCACUGCUAAUAUUGCACCAUACUAGUACAGUACCAUAGACGUAAAACGAUACAUUAAUUUGUCAAACAAAACGUUGUCGUUAACUUCCA